CUCCAGGAGAGCCUCCCCCACCCCACCCCAGCCCUGCAUGCCCUGCUCCUCUCCACUAUGGCCAGAGCCUCCGCUGAGCGGCUGCCUGCCGGUCACACACCCCGCUGACAUGGGCACCCGCAGGGCCGCACCGCUGUGCUGGGCGAUCCUGGGCUUGCUGAUGCUCCGAGGCCAAAACUCCCAACCCAUGACAAAGACUUCUCAGGGAAACUUCAGCAAUCAAAGUCUGGUCACAGAGCCAACUUCUCCCUCCACAGGAAACAGAUCUUCCCCAGAACCUGGCAACCCUAACCUUCUGCUCAGCACCAGUGCCCCAGCAGCUGCGCAUACGGCCUCGCACAGGCCCUGGGUGUCAAAUAAGCCUGGAACACCGAGGCCAAGUUCCGAGGACGCUCACUCCCUGUCACUCGCCCUGACACAGUCCCAGCCCCGGAAGAACAUGUCAGAACUUGAAACAUCUCAAAAUGCUACUCCCAAUGCAACCACCAUGAGCCUGACCAUCCUGCCCAGCCCCACGUCAGAAACGGUGCUCACAGUGGCUGCCUUUGGUGUUAUCAGCUUCAUUGUCAUCCUGGUGGUUGUGGUGAUUGUCCUAGUGGGUGUGGUCAGUCUAAGGUUUAAAUGUCGGAAGAACAAGGAUUCUGAAGACCCCCAGAAACCAGGGAGUUCGGGGCUAUCUGAGAGCUGUUCCACAGCCAAUGGAGAGAAAGACAGCAUCACUCUCAUCUCCAUGAAGAACAUCAACAUGAAUAACAGCAGAGGCUGCCCCUCUGCAGAAAAGGUUCUUUAAAAGUGACUUUGGGUCCAAGGAUGAUGCAGCUGCUCUGUGACUAUCUAAAGGACUCUGGCAUUCUUCUGGGUCUGGAACCAAACUUCCAAUAUGAGAACCUCUUUCCCACGUGGACAGCCACCUCAGAGCUAUGGCCGGCACGCCUACCUGCUCAGAAUCACAGGAAAGAGGAGUCCAUGGAACAAGAGCAAGGAAGAUGAUGAAACGGACUUUUCCUUUCUACUUGCAUUAAAAGUAUUUUCUGGCCUGCAGCCUAAUUUAAGGUCUGUGUUCCCAUGCACAUUUCUUUCUUUCUUUCUUUUUAACAGGGUCUCUAUGGAGCCCAGUCUGGGAUCAAAGUUGCUGUCCUCCUGCCUCAGUCUCCCAGAGUGCUGGGAUUACAGGCGGGCAUCACUACACCCAGCUGGGGGCAGGCACAUUUCUUAACAGUGUUAUAGCAGCUUUGGCUAUAUGGAUGCAUGAUGCAUGUUUCUGUACCUGUGAGGAGCUCUCUGAGAAAUGAGGUACUAGGACAUUUUGUCAAGUCUGCCUUUGUUCUUCUGGUGUAUUAAAUAGAUUUGAGGCAACUGACUGGCCACCUCAGUUGAAGAGAGAAACAGGUGGCUCUAAAGUGUCCAGUCAUCACCAGUAGCAAAGUUUUAAAUCUGCAGAGCAAGAAUAUAGAAAGCAUUUUGACUAGGAAACUGUAGUAGUGAGAACUGAAAAAUAUGAAGACAGAUAUCCUUGACCUGCCCAGGGUACAAAAGCAUCACUGUGGGCCUAGCUUUGGCAUGAGCAUUGAGGAAGGUUUGGCUCAAGGAUAGGAGACUUUAUAAACCAAAAGCCCAUCGACUUGACCCUAUGUAACUGUUAUUUGUUGCCUAUAAGUAGAAUAAAGGAUGGCAGAUAAAUUGUGAAGUCAUUUAAAAAGGAAGAAAAGCCCAGGAUUUAGC